AUGACUGCUGCUUAUACAAACGAACUCAUAUCACAGGAACAGAACAUAGAGAAGAAGACAGGCACAGUAGUCAGUAAAGUAGUGCACAACAAGAAAGAACAAGCAACGCGCGAGGAAAGCACCGAAUUUGAUUCUGCAAUGAUGAAGCAUGCAACAAGUGGUCAGGAACAAGAAAAAAUCCUUGUUAAUCAAGAAAAACUGACGCUUUCUACGUCAGAAUUGCUCGAACAGAAAGUUAAAGAUACCGUAGAAUGUAAAAAUAUCGAAGAUGCUGAAUUUCCAGAGAAAAAUGAAAAUACUUCGAUUAGCAUUGAAGAUAAUGAAAAUGCAAAAAAUAUUGAUGAAAUUAGAAACGAAGUGUUGAAAGAUUGUGAUUCAAGUGUACUACUAGAUUCAAAUUCGCUCGUAUCAAUGAAAGUUGAUGCGUUUUUUACUGAGUGUGAUUCUCAAGAUGUAACGUCGGAAACACGUGGAACCGAUUUUUCUUCGGAGGAUAAUUUUAAGUUAGAAGAACUGCAAAACUCUAUCGAUAAUAUUACUAUGGAAACGAGCGAUUUUUCAAACAAUUAUGAAAUUUCUAAUGGAUUGUUAGAAGAUGUGGUUCAUCAAAAAGACGUUGAGGAAAUAUAUGAUCCCGAAAGUGAAUUGAAUUUUCACGAAGCUGUACGUGCUGGGGACGCCAAGUGCGUUGCGGCACUUCUUGCCAGUGACUCUGUACAAAACCUGGACGAACCGGAUUGGAAUGUUUCAGGUGAUCCACCCCUGUUAGUAGCCGCUACGAACCAUUGUUUUCCUAUUCUCAGUUUACUACUUGCGAACGGAUGCGAUCCAGCUGUGCGUUCCCCUCGUGGUGAGACGGCGCUUCACAGAGUGAUUUUAAAUGGAGGACCAGGAAAUGUAUUACAAUUUGUAGGAGAACUCCUGAAAUAUGGUUGCCCGUCAGGCGUGAAAGAAGCUGGCGGUGGUUUAACCGCGCUACACAUAUUAACACGCCAACUAGCUCACGCACAAGGAUCAAAAAAUUUACAUCAUAAUUUUGAAGCAGCUUUAGAAACGCUUGAUUUAUUAGCACGCGCUGGUCCUGUUAAUGCAAAGGACCAUCAAGGUCGCAGCGCACUUCAUAUUUUAGCUUCCUCCACUAUUUUUGACAACAAUCAUAGAACUGAAAUCGAAUCAUUGAUCGAAACGUUGUUGGCUGCUGGCGCGGAUCCAUCACUGAAGAAUGAUAGAGGAGAAACUCCUUUACACGAGUGCCUCGAGUGCGGUGCUUUAAACACCGCGUUUUUACUUAUAUCUCACACGCCAACCGGUAUAAUGUCGCGUUAUGGUGAAACUCCAUUGCACAUUGCCUCUAGAAAAAAUUAUGCUGACAUGGUGGCGAAACUGUUGGAACAUGGAGAAGAUCCUAGUAUACAAGAUGCUGGUGGUAAUACACCGUUGCAUUUAGCCUCUGCAAGAGGUUUUCAUCAAACCGUUUCUUUGUUGGUUACAUCACCCCUUGCACAGCUAGAGAAAUUGAACGUAGAAGGAUUGACUGCCCUCCAAGUAGCCGCAGAAAGUGGCUUUGUUAAUGCAGUACGUCUGUUGUUAAAAGCAGGCGCAGACCCAAGUCAAACAGUCAACUAUUGUACGACGAUUUUUCAUCGCCAUCCUGAUAUUUCCAUUUUAAUAGAUCACGAAUUGAGUAGACGUCGUCAGCUCGCUGCUUAAUUAUUUCUUUAUAUCUGUUUUUACUAAUAGACUGUUGAAUUCAUGGUUAAUCCAAUUAAUCUUCCUUUAUUUUUAUUGAAACAUAAUUUGUAAUAAAAUCUUGAAUUUCGUCAAAAAUUCGAAAGUCAAUUAAUCUGAUGAUUAUAUCGUUAUUCAUUUUUAUAUUGAUAUAAAUAUUUAAUAAAUAUAUAUUUAUAUAAAAAUAUAUUUCAAAAUUAUUGUUAUUGAAAAUGUUCAAAUUUUGAAAUAAAUGACUGUAUUAGAACAUUAUAUCUAUAAUACUAUAGACAAUAUUUUAUGUUUGUAUAGUCUCUGUAUGAUAAUUUUGAGAAUAUCAACUAUAUGACUGUUAUUUUUUCACGCGGCUUAACAAAAUAUUUUUUAUAAAAUUUAAGUACUAAAAUAUAUUAUCUAAUAAAAUUAUAUAAUUUUUUUAUUAAUUUUGGUACAUACAGUGGGGCCCUUUAUAACGCGAGAGAUAUGUUCCAUGUUACAUGAAUUUCGUGUUAUAUGGGGUCCACAGCGCAGGAAAAGAAAAAUUUAAAAUAGAUUCUUACAUAAUAUUAUAAUUCACAUGUACAUAUUCUUCUUUGUUUCUCAAUUGUAGGUACUAGUAUUUGCUUGUUGCUCAAGACUGUCUAGUAUUCAAAUAUGUAAAACUGGGACAGAUAUAAUUAAAAAUGAUAUAUACAUAUGUAUGUAAAUGCCAUAAUUUUUGGCUGUGGAUAAAAGUGCCUUCUAAAGAUUUGUGUGAUAUCAAAACAUGUUCUAAAUAAAGGAAUAAUACCAAUUUAAAUACUGUCUUAUUAAAUAUGCCUUUAACAAUAUGGUUAAUUUAUUAUCAUACAAUAUUACUUUAAAAAAUAAUAAUAGAUUAAUUAAAAUAACAUUACUAUAUAUUUUGUAUACAUUAUAAAUCAUACAUAAACCAUUAAAAAGAAGAAAUAAUAAAAUAAUCAUGUUUUUAUAGUUACUUAUAUACAAUUACGUAUAAAACAAUUUCUAGUUAAUAUUCGUUUAAACAAAGUUUUAUAGUAAAUAUAACGCAAUACAUGUAAACAAAAGUUGCGUAACGACUUUAAAAUACGUAGUUCAAAAUUACUUUAUAUUUCAUGUAAAAUGCAUACAAACAUGACUUUUUUACUUAAGAAAAAUACUAAUUUUAUAUCCUCUAAUUGAAGUUUAAAAUAUAAAAAAGCAUGGAAAGCAAUGUUUCAUCUUAAUAAUGUAUGCUGUUAAUUUUCCGACUCUCAUAUUAUUAAUUAAAAAUAGAGACAGCUAUAUUUUAUUCAAAUAAAUAGCAAUUAGUUGAAACAAAGUUAAAAUUUGGGAAGUGAAUUACUAUGAAAUAAUAAAUAAAACUAUUACGAAUCAUUUUUCCAUACGAGUAUAAAAUGACAGUCGAAGAAUUAAAAUAUUUCACAGCCGUUACAUUCAGUGAAUGUGCACAUUCAGCGUGCUUGCCCAAUUUGUCGUUGCGCCGCACUUAUAAUCUUUUGUCAAUACAUUGUGAUAAUAUCCGACAUUGCACAAUUUUAUAAAUUGCUGUAGAAAAGUUGAUUCCUUUCUUUCAUUCAUUUACUGUUUGAAAUGUCUAAUGCAACGUUUUCUUUGUUUUAAGAAUUAAUUAAGGAUUAGAUCAUGUUUAUUAUUUCAACAAAUUUUGUUGGUCUUUGUUUGAUGGUUAAUGAGUAAUAUUUGUUGCAUGCAAUAAACAGUUACAGAAUA